CCUCCUUCUUCAUCCCGAUUCCUCAUCAGAAAUCUCAAGUCUCACAUCAAUCCAUCAAUCAAAACAACCGCACAUACUAAUUUUCCGAUUAGAAGCAAAGAUGUCUCUGAUCCCAAGCUUCUUCGGGCGCCGCAGCAGCAACGUGUUCGACCCAUUCUCCCUUGAUGUUUGGGAUCCUUUUCAGGACUUUCCUCUCUCCUCCGCCGUCGCUAACUUCCCUUCCUCUGCCCGAGAAACCAGCGCGGUGGCCAACGCCCGCAUCGACUGGAAAGAGACGCCGGAGGCUCAUCUCUUCAAAGUUGAUGUUCCCGGAUUGAAGAAGGAAGAAGUGAAGGUUGAGGUUGAAGAUGGUGGCAUUCUGCAAAUCAGUGGAGAGAGGAGCAAAGAGCAUGAGGAGAAGAAUGAUAAGUGGCACCGUGUGGAAAGGAGCAGUGGCAAGUUCUGCCGCCGCUUUAGGCUGCCGGAGAGUGCCAAGCUGGAGCAGGUGAAGGCGGCCAUGGAGAAUGGGGUGCUGACAGUGACGGUGCCAAAGGAGGAAGCCAAGAAGCCUGAAGUGAAGGCUAUUGAUAUCUCUGGCUAAGUCUUUCUUGAUUUUCAGUUUGUGCUUUGUGGAGAUUGGUGUUUCUUAAUGUUACUAUUUUCCAAGAAGUUAUGUAAAAGAUUGAAUACAUAAAUAAAGAGUCUUAAAUUAAGUGUUUGAA